UCAGUGACGUCCAGGCAGCCGCAGAGAGGAGCAUGCAUGCAGCUUGCAACUUCUCUCACCAUCUUACGGAUAUUUUUAUACUCAUUUUUAUAUUUUUUCCAGUGAAGUUUUGGAAUUUUUUUUUUUUUUUUUUGAGACAACUGCGCAUGUGGAUGUAUGUUUUGUGAUUGAUUGUGUUUAUAUGAAUGACACAUGUCCGGUUGCUGGAUAAAAGUUGUUUAAAAGAAGAGGGAUUUUUUUUUUUUUUUUUUUUUUUUUUGGAGUUUUAUCCCUGGAGAAUGCUGACGGAACUGUGUGGUUUGUUCUACCUGCUCAGCUCGGUUCUGAGCCAGGACGCCACAGGUAGCCGCUUCGUCUGCAACGCGAUUCCACCGGGCGCGGAGCCGGGCUGCGGCGACGCUCCGACGGGCAACCGCUUGCAGAUCAGCAGCCCCGCGGAGGAGGAGCUGCGGAACACCAUCAUCCAGCUCCGGGAGACCAUAUUGCAGCAGAAGGAGACCAUCGGGAGCCAGCAGGGGACUAUCAAGGAGCUCAACUCCAAACUGGCGCGCUGCGAGGCGGCGGCGGCGGCGGACGACUCGUCGCAGCAGCAGCAGGGCAAGGCGCGGGGUCAGGGCUCCCGGAGGAAGGAGUCAGGCAAGAACACCAUGGGGGACUUGCCCAGAGACCCCGGCGAGUCUAUCAGCCAGCUUGGCAAGACCAUGCAAAGCCUGAAAGGUCGCUUGGAGAGCCUGGAGCAGCAGAGUCUGCAGCUCCCCAGCACGAACGUGUCGUCCGGAGGCGUCUCCGCCCUGACGCCCCUGCCGCCGGAGCUGCGGGAUCUGCUCCGGCAGCGUCUGGGGGCGCUGGAGACGCAGCUCCUGCGCAAGGUGGCGGAGCUGGAGGAGGAGAAGAGCCAGCUCUACAACGAAACGGCGGCUCAUCGCCAACGCACUGAGAACGCUCUCAAUUCUCUCCUGGAGAGGAUCACGGAGCUGGAGAAAAAUAACAACGCCUUCAAGUCGCCUGAGGACUUCAAGGUGUCCCUCUCCCUGCGCACCAACUACUUGUACGGCCGCAUCAAGAAGAGCCUCCCAGAAAUGUACGCCUUCACCGUCUGCAUGUGGCUCAAGUCCAGCGCCAGUCCGGGCAUAGGGACCCCCUUCUCUUACGGAGUACCGGGACAGGCUAACGAGAUCGUGCUGAUCGAAUGGGGGAACAACCCCAUCGAGCUGCUGGUUAACGACAAGGUGGCCCAGCUUCCGCUUUCCGUGAGUGACGGGCGCUGGCACCACAUCUGCAUCACCUGGACGACCAGAGACGGCUUCUGGGAGGCUUACCAGGACGGGGAGCGACUCGGCACCGGGGACAACCUGGCCCCCUGGCACCCAAUUAAAUCAGGAGGGGUGAUUAUUCUGGGCCAGGAGCAGGAUAUAGUCGGCGGUCGCUUUGAUGCCACCCAGGCCUUCGUCGGCGAGAUGAGCCAAUUCAACAUGUGGGACCGGGUACUGCGGCCCGUGGACAUCGUGGGCCUGGCCAACUGCUCGGCGUACAUGCCGGGCAACGUGGUGCCGUGGAUAGACGCCAACGUGGAAGUGUUCGGCGGCGCCACCAAAGCUCCGCUGGAGAUAUGCGAGGACCGAGCGUUUGAUUCCUAGAGUGGAGGAAUCACCACCGCCAUCAAAAAGCCAAGUAUUCUCGUUCAUUGUGUGCAAAAACCCCCCACAGUUAGGGGUACAUGCAUAUUGAUAUUGUGUGGUUACUCAAAAGAUUCUCAUGUGUCGGCUUAAACGUGUGUCCAGUCCGGUCUUGGCCGUGGAGAAGGCUUCACAAGUGACCAUGUGGGGAAGACUUUCUGUGUUCCUUGAUUUGACGUCUUUCUGCAAACAAGCUCGUUCCUCAUGCAUUCCUUAUAACUGCUGCACCGUGUGUGUGUGUGCGAGCGGGGGCUCGAACUCCGGCGUGCUUUGAUGUGUUGCGGCGGAACGUCACGGCGGAAUGCUGCGAGCUUCCUCUCUGUUUGAAGAGCAAACAAAUGAGGGGGCCUGGCUCAGGAGUCGGCAACAUUGAUUGUAGACGCACCGCAACACGGUUCGUCGUCCAUAUUUAAUUGCAUGAACGCCGGUUUUGGGGAAGAGACACGUGCAUGCCUUCUUUCAGUCCGUGCGCGGCGAUUACAUAAGCAAGUGUCUUGCGUGUUAAAAGACCAGAGAUUACGAGCGGGGAGGGAGGACAUUUUUCAUUCUUGUAAAUCUGCGCUUAAUACCUCUCUGCCCCUUGAGCAGCUGCCAUAUCCCAAACAGCUUUAUGUGGACGCUUCUGCUCAGGUUAAUAGCCGUGGCGGACAGAUGCCCAGAAGCAGCUAAAAUCGAGCAGUGGCCGAUUUCCUGAGCGAGGACAGCAGAGGGAUUGACCCCAAAAGCCUAUCCGCAAUUCCCCCUCCAUGAAGUAAUUAUGUAUACGCUAUAAGGGGCUCUGUGGGCAUGAGCGGCCAAUGAGUUAGAAUAGAUUUAAUCUGCGUUUCCAAUGAGAUCAACACGACAUGGACAUACAGUCGUGAUCAAAAGUUGACAUACACUUGUAAUAUGGCUGUCUUGAGUUUCCAAAAAUUUCUACAACUCUUAUUUUUGAGUGAUUGGAGCACAUACUGUCAGGUUCAAACACUGAUGACAUCUAUUAAACAAGACAAGAAGCAAAGAUUCAAACAGAGACAGAAUUAAAAGGGGAACAUUAUCACAAUUUCAGAAUUGUUAAAACCAUUAAAAAUCAGUUCCCAGUGGCUUAUUAUAUUUUUCGACGUUUUUUUCAAAAUUUUACCUCCAUCCAUCCAUCCAUCUUCUUCCGCUUAUCCGAGGUCGGGUCGCGGGGGCAGCAGCUUAAGCAGGGAAGCCCAGACUUCCCUCUCCCCAGCCACUUCGUCCAGCUCCUCCCGGGGGAUCCCAAGGCGUUCCCAGGCCAGCCGGGAGAGAUAGUCUUCCCAACGUGUCCUGGGUCUUCCCCGUGGCCUCCUACCGGUCGGACGUGCCCGAAACACCUUCCUAGGGAGGCGUUCGGGUGGCAUCCUGACCAGAUGCCCGAACCACCUCAUCUGGCUCCUCUCGAUGUGGAGGAGCAGCGGCUUUACUUUGAGCUCCCCCCGAAUGACAGAGCUUCUCACCCUAUCUCUAAGGGAGAGCCCCGCCACUCGGCGGAGGAAACUCAUUUCAGCCGCUUGUACCCGUGAUCUUGUCCUUUCGGUCAUGACCCAAAGCUCAUGACCAUAGGUGAGGAUGGGAACGUAGAUAUACCGGUAAAUCGAGAGCUUUGCCUUCCGGCUCAGCUCCUUCUUCACCACAACGGAUCGAUACAGCGUCCGCAUUACUGAAGACGCCGCACCGAUCCGCC